AUGACCCUUAGCACAGGAAAUGAAGACAUGGCAAUGAAAACGAGCAAAGAAGUCGACGGCAGUGAGGUACAAGAUACUGAGCGCCAAAUGAAAACGACACGAGCCCAAUCCCCGACAAAAGAAGCAGCCUUCAUAGCUGUCGUCUGCGCAGCCCAGCUCAUGAUUCAAGCCGGUCUCUCCCUAUCGAUAGCUCCUAUUCAAUCCAACAGUGCCAGCUUUGGUGCAACUCGACAAGAUCUCACCUGGGCAUCGGCGGCGUACAGCUUGUCGGUGGGGACGUUGAUUCUAGUCUCUGGCAGGCUGGGCGAUACGUACGAACACAGACUGCUAUUCACCAUCGGCUUCAUCUGGUUUGGGGUCUGGUCACUUCUUGGAGGAUUCGCCGUGUGGUCGAAUCAGAUCUUCUUCGAUUGCUGUCGUGCCUUCCAGGGUAUUGGCCCAGCACUUCUGCCCCCCAAUGCAGUGGCCAUUUUUGGCCGAACGUAUCCACCGGGACCGAAGAAAGAUAUGGUAUUCUGUCUCUUUGGCGCAACAGCGCCGGGUGGAUUCUCGCUGGGUGCGACAUUUUCAUCACUGCUUGCUCAGCGGGUGUGGUGGCCCUGGGGCUAUUGGAUCAUGGGCGUGGCAUGCUUUAUGUUUGCCGUCAUUGGGGUUUUGGUGAUUCCCGGUGAUGAUCACGCCGCGGAGGAUCUCGAUGGAGCUGGGGUAUCAACAUUCGAACGGCUGGAUGGACUUGGCGCUAUCACUGGGGUGAUUGGGCUUGUGCUCAUCAACUUUGCAUGGAAUCAAGCCUGUCUGGUUGGGUGGGAAGUGCCAUACACCUUUGCCCUGCUCAUUGUUGGGGCUCUCUUUCUUGUUUUAUUUCUCUUUGUGGAGCGCACCGCGGCCUUUCCACUACUACCGAGCUCUGUUUUCAAAGGUGAAGUUGGCUGGGUUCUGGGAUGUAUUGCAGCAGGGUGGUCCAGUUUUGGGAUCCUGGUUUUCUAUCACUACAACUUUCUCGAAGAGAUUGAGCACAACAGCGGGCUGCUGGUGACAGCCAAAUGGGCCGGAUCUUCUUUAAGUGGCGCGACUGCCGCAAUUAUGACUGGUGUCCUGAUGAGCCGAGUACCGCCAAGCCUCAUUAUGCUCGCUGCGAUGCUGGCUUUUACCAUAGGAUUGUCUCUGUUGGCCACUAUGCCUCCGGGUCAGAACUAUUGGGCGAAUGCAUUCUUAAUCAUGCUGAUCACUCCCUGGGGAAUGGACCUCUCAUUCCCAUCUGGGACUUUGAUUAUGAGUAACGCGAUGCCGCGUGAGCAUCAAGGAGUUGCAGGCUCUCUGGUGAACACUGUUGUGAAUUAUUCAAUAUCUCUUGGCCUCGGCUUCACGGGCACAGUCGAGAGAUACGUGAACCCCGAUGGAUCGAAUAUGCUGAAGGGAUAUCGCGGUGCGUCAUAUAUGGGGGUUGGCCUAGCAGGGCUGGGUUCUGUCAUUGCCAUAUGUUUCACAGUCGUGACAUGGUCCAAGUCAAAGCGACCACAAUGA